CCCUCCUUGCAUUAAACUCACAACACACAAAUUCCUCUAUCUAUCUCUCUCUCACUCAGCUCUCAAACUAUGAAGUUCCUUUCAGCUGCAAUUUGCCUGCUCCUCCUCGUUUUUGGCACUGGCAUGGCGCCAAUGGUUGCAGAGGCCAGGCUGUGCGAAACUCCGAGCGGCAACUUCAGGGGGCUAUGCUUUAGUAACAACAACUGUGGCCAUGUGUGCAAGGGAGAGGGCUUUAACGAUGGCGCUUGCAGGGGCUUCCGCCUUCGCUGCUUAUGCUCAAAGCAGUGUGUUUGAUAUUUCCUCCACCAACAACAUCUUCAACUAAUUGUCUAUUUACUUUCCUACUUGUAUGAAUAAAGUGGCCAUCCUAUUUGGCCCCUCCCUCCUUCCUUCCUUUCUUGUGUUUUCGCUUUAAUGUUGUGUAAGCUCUUUAAUUACGUUGUGUUUUGGAAUUUUGGUUUAUGCAAUAAUAUGCAUAAACGUGGUGUUGUUUAUGUUAGAAAGACGUCUCACCUUUACCGUAGCUUGCAACGUAGGCUACAACAUGUUCUUUGGCUUUGCAAUGAACGUUUUGUCACCAU